GUAAAUACGCACCGUAUUACGCUAUUACUUCUUAACAUCGCACCUCCAAUAAUAACCGCGUCCUUUUUCUUCAAGACGAGCAGAGAGCACAUCUAUAAAGAAGAAGAAGAUAACGCAGACAGGCAUGCCAUGGUGCUGUGACCCUCAUCUCCUUUUCUAUUUCUUGAAGUUGCUCGGUAAGUUAAUAUAGAGACAGCAGCAAAAGGAGGAAACAUGUGUCAACUUCUAAAUUCAGUGGAUGGAACUCUAUCCUUAUUAAACAAGUUAACGUUUUAUGCUUUUCCUACCAAAACAUCGGAGUUUCUUCAUCCAAAAUCUUCUCCAUACCUCGGAAACAAGACUGCCAAACGUUGGAGAUUUCGUGGUGUUCGAUCACUAUCCUUACAAGGUGGUUCAGAGGCAGCAGAUCAUGUCAAAAGCUCUAACAAAUUUAAGGUACCAAGAAAUCUGGCUGAUGUUCCCUUAUUGGCAGACUAAUUGUUGUGAUGAAGGAGAAAUGGAGCCUUUCCCACAUGUACAAACUCUUAGAAAAUUUCCUAAGGAGGAGCUGGUGGGAAAAGUGGUCAUGGUCAGAUUUGAUAGUACCAAUUUACUUAGGGAAGAAGAACAGGACCAGAGCUCUCAAUCAGUGUCAAGUGCAGUUUUCACGAUUAAAUAUCUACAUGAAGCUGGAGCAAAAAUAAUUCUUGUGAGUGACUGGAGGAAGAAAACUAAUUCGCAGCUUCAUGAUGCUGAGACUGUUGCAGACAUGUUAUCAUCAGUUAUCCAACACAGAGUUGUUACCAUUAAAUGCGAUUAUUCUGCUGUGUUGUUGAAAAUGGAAGUCCUGAAGAAAGCAGAUAUAUUCCUUCUUGAGAACCUUUCAGAGUACAAAGAGGAAGUUGCCAAUAAUUCAAAGUUUGCUGAACUAUUAUCAUCAGGAGUUGAUAUUUUUGUUAAUGACUCCUUUUCGCAGUCUCAUAAAAUUCUUGCAUCUACAGUUGGUAUUGCUCGCUUUUGUUCUGCUUGUAUAGCUGGUUUUCACUUUGAAGAGAGCCUUUGUCAGCUGAAGAAGGUUGCUAGAACUAACAAAAGACCAUAUGUUGCAAUUAUUGGAGGGGGUAAUCUCUAUGACAAAGCAUCUGCAUUGCAUUUUUUAGUCUCCAGAUGUGAUGGACUGGUCUUUGUUGGGAUGAUGUCAUUCCAAAUAAUGCAUGCUUUGGGACUUUCUGUUCCUUCAUAUCUGGUAGAACCCGGGGCGUAUAAAGCAGCUUUAGAUAUAAUCCAAAUUGCACAUGAUAGAAACAUUCCCAUUCUACAUCCCAUGGAUUUUUGGUGCAUGAAUGAGCAUCUUCCAGAGAAAAUGGACAUAUUUCCUUCUCAUCAUAUUUUGGAUGGUUGGCUACCUGUUGAUCUUGGUCCUCGGUCAUUGGAUGAAUUAAACUCUUUACUAGUGAAAUGCAAGAAAAUUCUAUGGAUUGGUCCAGUGAAAUUCAAGUUCUCAGGUCAAUGUGCAGACGGAGCAUCUAAAUUGGCUCAAGCACUUAAUGAUCUAAGGCAAAGAAAUUGUGAUAUCACUGUGGCGGGGAAUAUGGCAUGCCAAGCAAUGGUGAUGGAAUCAAAGUCUGUCUUGGUUAAUGACAUGAUUGAAAAUGCUUCAGUUCUAUGGGAAUUUUUCAAAGGAAGAAAGCUUCCCGGGGUUAUGGCCUUAGAUAGAGCAUAUCCAUUUGAGAUCGAUUGGAAGUCUGCCUAUUGUAAUCCAGCUCAACCAUUGGUGGUUGAUAUUGGAAGUGGUAGUGGACUAUUUCUUUUGGGGAUGGCUAGGAGAAGAAAGGAUUUGAAUUUUCUUGGUCUAGAAAUCAAUUCAAAGCUUGUAAGACGCUGUAUGGAUUCUGUUCAUCAGUAUGGCAUUCAAAAUGGGUACUUCAUUGUAACAAAUGCUACAACAACAUUUCGUUCCAUAGUUUCGAGUUAUCCAGGAGAGUUGGUCCUUGUUUCGAUACAGGACAACCUUUAUCACCUUGUUCAGUGUCCCAACCCUGAUUUCAACAAUCCAGAACAUAGAUGGAGAAUGCUGCAAAGGUCAUUGAUUAAAGCUGUGGUGGAUCUCCUUGCACUGGAUGGGAAGGUUUUCCUGCAAUCUGACUUAGAAGCAGUUGCUUUGAGAAUGAAAGAAUUAUUUCUCAAAAUUGGCAAGGGCAAGCUCAAUCUAUGGAAUGAUCAAUACCAUGCAAGAAUGAAUCUCGGGGAAUGGCUUGAAGAGAACCCAUUUGGAGUUAUGUCAGAUUGGGAGCAACAUGUUAUUGAUCGUGGGGACCCUAUGUACAGAUUGAUGCUUUCCAAAUCAUCCGGUAUCGAAUGAUAUCAAAGUAGCUGGUGAGUGAAGGCUCGCUAUAUCACUUACCAGGAUGCUGUUGGGAUACCAUAAUACUUCUUGCUGAUCAUUUCAAUGUGGGGGCAGACCAAGGUUUUCCAUUUUAUUGGUCAUGAUAUCUUAUACUGAUCACCUACAAGUUAUGUUAGAAUAUAAAUCCUUGCAGCCUUGCCCCACCCCAAACCAAAUAAAUUGAUGGAAUUCUUGUGGCCACGGAGAGCUGAGGGGCGAACAUCAUCAUUCUAAAAGUUUGUUUGCACCAUUCUGUGGAAGGAAGUGGAUAAGAAGAAAGUAUCUGUAAACUCUUAUGAAUAACAAGAACAUAGAGACUCGGUACAAAAGAGAUGCACUGCAUUUGCUUUCGUUAACCAGCAAAUUGGUUUUCAAAGUCGGGGUUUUCGAGCUUUUGGAGGCUGUAACUAAUUGCUAACAGCAACAUUAAAUCUCAGCUGUGCCUGCAAAAAUAGGAAAACAAGUAUUUCGUUAUCCUUGGCUGUUCGUGUUUUGUUCGUAGAAGCUUGAACAUGAAACAAAGAAUCAGUUGUAUUCAGCUGAUGUCAACUUUGGACCUGUAACUUGUUCAAUAUUACUAGCAUUAGUCCCUUUAUUGUAAUGUUCUCCUCAAGGUUGUUAAAAUCGCGAUUCAACUCGUAAAAUCGUACGUUUUUACGAGUUGAAUCAGGCUUUACGUGCUAAAUCGUUUAUGAAACUCGGAACCGGGUAAAAUCAGGUUAAAAUCGGGUAAAAUCGUUAAAAUCGGGUGAAAUCGCUUAAAAUCGCGAUUUCACUGCCGAUUCAACGAUUUUGCCCGCAGGAAAUUAAAUACAAUUCAGGAGCCACGUGUCGACCGCCUAUUGGAUAUACCAAAUCAAAUGCAAUUCAUUAUUCUCUCUUCACCGAAUCAAUCAGUCUUCUCUCUUCUCUUCACAGUUCACAUUCAUUGUUCAAGAAUCAAGACUUCAAGUUCAGAAAUCCCUAAAUUGAAAACCCAAAAUUCGAAAUCCUCACUGAGGAUUCCUCAGUGACUCGGUGUCUCGGACUCUCGGUCUCGUAAUCUAUUUCUCUCAGCCAACAAUCAACCACCGUCCACCUCCACAACAGCCCUCGCCAGUCGCCCCUGAUCUUCUCCAGUCUUCUCCAGUCUUCACCAGUCUUCACCGUGAGAACCAGAGUCCACACAACAACAACGGCGUCUCUCCAGUCUUCUCCAGUCUUCACCAGGUAAGUCUUCACCACAGCCACUGGUUCUUUUUCCCUGUUCGUGGGUGCUUCUUUUUCUAGUGCCAGGGGUGCUUCUUUUCCGUUUCUCCGUUUCUUACUCUGAUGUAGUGAAUAGUGAUGUGUGUGACUCUGUUUCUUUACAGUUUCUUUACAGUGAGGAUUUCAGUUUCUUUACAGUUUCUUUACUUGUGUUAAUGGCGUGAAAUGUGGCUUGCGAUCUCAGGCAGUUGUUUUGAAUUUUCUCUAUCAUAUAUGAUUUGGGCGAGGUUGUCCGUUUGGUUUUUGCAUUUAGCCAUGAGCAAGAGGAGUUUUAUUAUAAUGCUGUAAUUAUUUUGCCCUUGUGGUUACCCUGUUCAUAUUAUCUUAUUAUAUUUCUUUAUUCCUUUCCAA